CUUGUGAAGUCAUGUACCACCAGUCAAGUUUCUGGAUCGAUAUAAUAGACUGUAUUUCCCCUAUCACCUGAAAAAAAAAUCCUCAAGCCUUGUACCAAAAUCAGAAAUUAAUAUUUAUUUGAAAGUAUCCACGACAACUACGACUGCCUCAUGCAUGUUUUAUGAGAACGUUAUCCUGAGCUCUGAGUUAUAUACCUUUAUAUUAUGACUGCAAGAAAGAAGAAAAAAAAUUAUCACCCGGAAGUGAUGUCAUCAUCAACCUUUGCCCUACAAUACAAUGGCGGGUGCUGAUAUUGAAGAAGAGAUUUGUGCAUUACAGAAGGAAUUAAGUUGGUUGUUGAAUGAAGAACUUCAUCAUGUCCUUCAGCAAGUGCAGUACACUUUAACUGAAUGUAAUCAACGAUUCCUUACUGAUAAAGACAAAGAAUCCAAUAAAGAUGACUCAACUGUUUGCCAUAUCAAACCACAGAAGAUAUUACUGUCUGGCCCAAAUGGAACUGCUCACAUUAAAUGUGUCUUGACAUUAUUUGGUGAUAACAUAACUGAAGCGGAUAUAAACUUCAAACAUAAACAAGGGAACCAUCAUAGUUUAUUCAAGACUUCAAUACAUCAAAGUUUACCCUGGAAAUUACAGCAAAUUCAAGAUGCAUACAACCAUCUAAAAUCUGCAGCAUAUUGCAUAUCUUUAAAAGAAAAUUAUGCUUUUAAGUCUGUCAGAGAAGUUACUUUGUUUAUUGAUGAAGUCAUGGAAAGUAUUAAAAAAGGAAGGACUUGUUUGACAUUUCCACGUCGUAAAUCUGUUGAAGAAUUGUUAAAUAAUCAAAAUAUGCAAGUAUUUCACCCAGCUGUACCAAAUACUGUUGCUUUAAGUUUUUACAUCCAUACAUCCAAAUUGAUACUUGCUCUGUAUCAGAUACAUCGCAACAAUCAAAAAAUAGAAGUUUUGUCACGACACCAGGUUGAAUGUACUGUAAAGUGGUUAAAUGAAGCCAUUAUGUUGUUUACUCUUGCAAUUCAACAAUUACAGCAACUGAAAGACAAGAUUCAGUCACUGCAGUAUUUUGAAGAAACUUCGCAUUUUAUAAAUGUAAAAUCCUGAUGAUACGACUGUGGAGAGUCAAAUAUUCAAACUCUCCUGCAGUUCGUCUAUGCAUUCCAAGUCAAGUAAAUCUUUACAUUGUAUUUCCCAGUGAUCAUUCCAAACAGAUAUUUAUUAUAAAUGAACUGAUCUCAUCAAAUGACCACUACAUAAUAUAUCAAUCAGCAAAUUAGUAGUGUUUUAGUCACUUCUACUAUGUACAGUAGAUAUAGACAUUGAAAACCAAAAGCCGCAAAUUUUUUGAACAUCACUUGAUGAAGCCAUGUUUUUAAUGUAAUAAUAAUUAUUAAAUCUAAUGCCUUCAUUUUAUUGAAAUUUAAAUGUCAUUUAAAAUUUCUAAAUGUUGCUGAAUAUAUCGAGUAAUAUAUUCAAUGAAACUCAUUAAAAAAAUAAAAUGAAUACUGUGUUACCAAAUAUUGAAAAGUAACUGCACUUGUUUCAUUUUACUACACUGACAAUUAUAUAAGUAAACUUUACUUGUACAAAAUCAAUAUUUUAUCAAAUCUUAUAUAAUCAGGUCAUGAAGAAAAAAUUUCCUUUGCUAGAAAAAUUAUGAGAUGAUUUCAUCUAAGAGGAAGACUUGGCACAAUUGAGUACUGUUUAAUUGUUGUCGCUGUUGUUGUUGUUGAGUAGCCCAGUCAGCUCUAUUUGAGUAAGCCUAUGGCUUAAUGAUUGCUAAUCAAAGAUUUGUUCCAUCACUGCUUUAACUCAGGUUAACCUGCCUUUGUGGGCAUGUUGUCCUAAAAUUUGACUUAAACAUGUGAUUCUUGUUUUAUAGAUGGUAGCAGAGAGUUUGUUAAAAGGAAUUUGGUUGGUUCAUUGAGCAGGUUGGGCAACUAAUAUUGUUUUAAUUUUAAAGCACAAGAAUAUUAUGUAAAUUGAGUAACAACGAGUUUGAUUUUUCUAUUUAGAUGCUAUUUCUAAUUAAACAGAUGAAUUGAUAAAUUCAAACUUUCACAUAUAUGUGUUUACUGUAAUUGCAUCUAUAAUUUAAAUCUAUUAUCAUCAAAUAUAUUAAUUUGUAUAUAAUUAUUAUAAUUGAUAGUCUUAAUCAUAAAUGUUUACCAAAGCACAUUUAUUGCUAUCUAAAGUUUGAUUUUAUUUUGCUUUUUAAGAAAAGGACUAAAUUGAGAGCAAAUUCUGAUUAACAUUAUUAGUAAAAUUAUUUUAUAGGAAUAAUCACGAAGAGAUUCUGAUAGGAACUUAUUUUCUAGAAUAGGUGAAAUAACUUAGGUUUAUUCUUUCCCCUCCAUAAAACUAAACUACUUCUGUAAUAAAAAAAUUAAUUUUUUUUUAAUAUGCAUACAUAUCAGUUCCUUUAUUAUUACAAUUUUUAUUAUUAAUUCUGGAUAACUUGGCAAGUUGACAGAAUUGUUAAAACUUGAGAAAAAAAAGUGUUUUGCAGUAUUUGUUCCAGUUCGAAGUUCAAGUCUCAACACGAUCAACUUUGCCUUUUAUCCUUUUUGGAUCAAAAAAAUAAAGUUCUAGUCAGGUACUAGGAUUGAGUAAUCUUCUCCCAUCAAAAUUGCUGGUCUUCUACCUAAGAGACCAUUAUAUAUUCCAGACGACAUUUAAUGAGGUUUCCAAAAUUUUAGUUUUUGAUUACAUUUAGCUGGUUUCUCUAAAUGGCUCUGUAAAAUAUGACUUUCAACAAUGUGAUGGUGGUCAUUACAGCAGCAGAUUCUCAUUUAUUUGUGUAUUUUGUUUCAAAUUAUAAAUAAAUGUUAGCUUUGAUAUUACUUUCAUAGAUUGUCAGUCUGAUAAUUACAAAAAUAUAGAAGUGAAUAUUCAUAGAAAAAAUUAUUUUUGUUGUAAUAGGAACAUCAGUCAAGUUUAUUUGUCUUAUGGAAGUGAGAUAAGUAAAUUACUACUUCCAUUAAUAAAUUAUUAUUGGCUUUAUGGACUUGAGGAUUGUAUAUUUCCAAGCCACAUUCAUUGUAGAAUUUCAGGUUGGUAGUAUAAGUCAACAAAACCCUUUUCAAAUAUACAAUUUUCUCAGUACAUAAAGUGGGUAAGUUGUACUACUCCAGAUGGAUUGGGCUAAUAAGAGUUAAUUAUCAUUCCUAUGGAUAUAAUACAGCAGUAUUAGUAGGACAUAAAUUGUUAAGACUAGCUGAUGGCUCCAAUUAGAAUAUAUAUCAUAAAUAUAUUGGCUGGCCACAAAUGGCUUUUUUUUUUUUUUUGAGAUAGUGUAGAAUAUUUAAAGUACUAACUGUGCUCAGGUUAUUACAUGAUCUAGUCAAGACACCUACAUAUUGUUGAAAUAUCAUUUUACAAAAGAAAAAAUGCCUCGGAAAGUGGUAGCAGUCGUUUCUGUAAAAGAAAGAACAAU